CACUUAUUAUUAUCAUUCUUCUCACCCAAAAACAGGUGUUAUCAAUACAACUCAGAUGAGCAAAACCUGGUCAGAUUUUUGCUCCCAAUCCAAACUUAGCUGGCAAUAUCUUUUUCAUGUGGGACCCAACAACAGAAGACAAUCUAGAAAAACAACAUACAUUAGUGGGCCCACAAAACUUAGAUAAGGCCCACACCAAAUAGUGGGCCCACAAACCCACAUGUCCCUACAACAGAUGAGAAUGGCACAGAUGCCAAUAAGAAAGAAAACCUACCCCACCUCAAACUCUCACAUCAAACAAAUUUCUCCACUAUAAGAAAGGUUCGGUGGGGUCAUUGGAACCCCCACAGACACCCCCACCUCUUCAGUCCUACAAACCCUAAAACUCUCUCUCUCUCUCUCUCUCUCUCUCGGGUUCAGAUAUGGCCCUCCACGACUUCUCCAUCCCAGAAAGCCAUCCCCACCCAAACUCAAAUCCAAAUCUGGACCAAACCCAUUUUUCAACACCCACCACCGCCACCGCCACCGCCACCGCCACCAAAGCCAUCAAACCUACCUCUCGCUCUGCUUCAAACACCCACACCCAGUUGGGCCUUCCAAGAAAAAGUAACGCUCUUUCUUCUUCCUCCUCCAAGGACCGCCACACUAAGGUGAACGGCCGCGGACGACGAGUCCGCAUGCCGGCGCUAUGUGCCGCCCGUAUCUUCCAGCUGACACGGGAGCUCGGCCACCGCUCUGACGGCGAGACCGUAGAGUGGCUCUUACGCAUGGCGGAGCCCUCCAUCAUCGCCGCCACUGGCACCGGCACUGUCCCAGCAGUCCCGGUAUCAACCAAUGCCGGAACCCUCCCCUUUUCUGUGUCACCGCCCUCGGUCUCCGCCCCUAUGAGUAGGGUGCAACCGGUGGCAGCGGUUCCUGGUGGUGGGCACAUUCCGGCGGGGAUGUUCACGGUGGCGCCGCCUAGCUGUAGGUUGGACCUAUGCCAGCCUCCGCAUCUUGGUUUGGACUUUUCCAGUAAUGGAUACCGGCACAUGCCGUUCACAGCGUUGUUGUUGCAGCCGGCCACAGAAGAUGUGGAGGACAGGCCCCGAGAAGAAGUCAAGCCUGUUAGGGAGUAGUAGAUAUAUGUAUUUUUUUUUUUUGAAAGGGGGGGAGGGUGGUUUGGUGUUAUUAAUGGUGGUGAGUUAUUGUGUAGGAAGGACUUAAUGAAGAGGAAGGUGGGAUUAAUAAGGAAAACCGAAAGUCUUGUAGGGCAUGGUGGUUUCUUGUACAAGGUGGAGAAGUUGGAAGAAAUUUGUUUUGGAGUUGGAGAAAGUUUUCUGAUUAGCUGGGUUUUAUGUUUUCUUUAUUGUCUUUUCUUUUUUGAAGUUUCUGAAUAGGGUUGUAAGGGUGGAUGAAUUGGAAGAGAUGUAAAUUAUGAGACAUGUACAAGUCUUAAUUGCAUGAUAGACAAGUUCAGUUCAGCCUCAAACUCUGAAAUUGUACAGAAUUUGAAUCUCU